CAAUGCACACGAGUGCAGAUGCAUCUCAACUCUAAAGAGACACAGUGAGAAUCUUCCUUAGUCCAAUGAAACUUCACAAAAGUUGUCUUUUUUUUGUCAAUGUGCCACUUAUACCAUGAGUGACCCAACCAACGGCUCUGAUUAAUGGGGUGCCAUCAAUCAAAUCAAAUCAAAUUGCUACAAAUAACAGUCCUGACUGAUGGGUUUGAUUUAGUUUUGGUGAUACUGUACCCUCCAUGGUAGCAGAGACCUUUGCUGGUAUAACAUCGAUGCUGUUAGAGCACACCUUUUCUUUCUCAAAAUAUAUGGAGCAGCCGAGUUGAAGCAAGGUCAAAGUGUGUAUUGCUAAGAUCCCAGCUUUUUGUUCGCUUUGAUUCCCCAUACUGUGUGGAGAGGAGAGGAGAGGAUAUAUGGAUCUUAAGGAUAGGCUAUCUGUAGAUGUAUGGGCAGAUACUUCAUCCUCCGGUAAUGAAUUGCCGAGAAGGAUGUCCUCGGAGAAUCCAUCCUUCACCGAUUUCAAUUUACAGCAACAGCAGAAGCAGCAGCAAAAGUGGGAGGACAACAUAAUAUCACCACCUUUCGGAGGAUUCAACCAAGCAUCGGAAUCUGGAUUUUUGCUUCUUUCCAACCGCAACAAUCAAACCAAAAUUCUGGAUCAUCAAGAAGAUGGAAAAAGUAUUGAGACACUUGAAACAAACAAAGUCCAAGACUGGGAUCCAAGAGCCAUGCUUAGUAAUCUCUCUUUUCUAGAGCAAAAGAUCCAUCAUCUUCAAGAUUUGGUGCAUUUAUUUGUUGACCGCAAAGGUCAGGUUCUUGGGGGACAGGAUCACCUCGUAACUCAGCAACAGCAGUUUCUCAUAACUGCUGAUCUCACUUCAAUUAUUGUUCAGCUGAUCUCUACUGCAGGUAGCCUUCUCCCAUCUGUGAAACAUACACUUUCUGCAGACACUCCUAAUGGACAGCUUAGGCAGCUUGGAGGACUUAUUUUUCCUCCUGUGGCGGGCAUGAAUUGUAGUCCACAGCCGCAACAUGGUAGUGGAAGGAAAGUUUCUGAUCAGUCCGACAAGAUGGAUGUUACUGGUAAUUGUGGGACUGACCAGAACCACUUCAUUGAAGAACAUGAAAUGAAAGAGGAAGAAGAUGCUGAUGAAGGAGAGUACCUUCCACCUGGUUCCUAUGAUAUAUUACAACUAGAAAAAGAGGAAAUACUAGCACCACACACCCACUUCUGCACAAUAUGCGGGAAAGGGUUCAAGCGGGAUGCAAAUUUGAGGAUGCAUAUGAGAGGCCAUGGUGAUGAGUACAAAACCCCUGCUGCACUUGCAAAACCCAACAAGGAAUCCAGCUCAGAUCCAGUGGUUAUUAAGAGGUAUUCCUGCCCUUUUUCUGGCUGCAAGCGAAACAAGGAUCACAAGAAGUUUCAGCCUUUGAAGUCUAUUUUAUGCGUCAAAAACCAUUACAAGAGAACCCACUGUGACAAAAGCUACACUUGCAGCCGAUGCAACACCAAGAAAUUCUCAGUGACUGCAGAUCUUAAAACUCAUGAGAAGCAUUGUGGCAAGGAUAAAUGGCUUUGUUCCUGUGGCACAACAUUCUCGAGGAAAGACAAGCUUUUUGGACACAUUGCUCUGUUCCAAGGCCAUACUCCUGCUAUUCCUCUCGAGGAAACUAAGGGACCAGCUGUGUCAUCUGAUAAAGUGGACGGGAACGAAGCAUCAAAUAAGGUCGGAAACAUAAAUUUCAGCUUUGGCUCUCAUGCCGCUACCGGAAGUGGGGCUCAAAAUGUUAUGGAAGUGAACGACGAUGCUGAUGAUCCUUCCAGUUGUUUCUCGCCGUUGAACUUCGAUACAUGUAAUUUUGGUGGGUUCCAUGAGUUUCCUCGACCUCCAUUUGAUGAUUCAGAAAGUUCGUUCUCUUUUCUUCUUUCUUGAUCCCAUAAUUACAGUCAGAAAACCGGCGGGGAGUCUACUUCUUGUAAUAAUCUUCAAUAACAUAUGUAGUUAUUUUAGUAUUAGCUUUUACUAUUAGCUCAUGAUCAUGGAUCUCAGAUUUCAAAUCCUAGUACAUUUGUAAGGUGAGGCUGUCCAAUGCAAUUUCAUGAGUUCAAAUAAAUGCUUGUUCUUUAGCCA